AUGGCUACAUCAACUUUAACUAUUCAUAAUUUAUCGAAAGAUAGAAAUUCAGCAAAGGUCAUUUAUUCUAAACCACCUGAUUAUGCAGUUCUUUAUCCUAAACCACCUAAUUAUAUAGUUCAAUCUACAGAAUCAGUCAAUUGUUCAAAUACUCAUAGUCAAGUUCAUCAACCUCAAUCAACGUAUAAUAUAAAUUCUUCAUCAUCCUCUAGCAAUCUCAAUCGAAAUAUAAUCCAAUCAACAGAUAAAAUUAACAGUUACAUAGUUUGGUCUAUUAUAAAUGUAUUCUGUUGUUGCUUAUGUCUUGGCUGUGUUGCUUUGCAUUAUUCAAACAAGACAAAAGAUUUAAAAAGAGAAGGUCUUGUACAAGAUGCAUUAAACACUUCAAAGAAAGCUCGUUAUAUCAAUACAAUUGCCACAACGAUGGGUAUAUUCAUUUUGGUUUUCUGGUUUAUCGAUUAUCUCAAUAAAAUUAAUUCUCAAAGAGUUAAAACAUUUCAUUGA